UGAUCAUUAGAGACUAGAUAUCUUGCUGUGGUUCUGCAAUAAUAAUCAUUUCAGUUAGGCAUUGUAUAGAGAACAUUUAUGAGUUUGUGGAGAGUAUAAUAAACCAACAAUGAACCAAAAACUGUUUGGGAUUAUUGGACAAAUCCUGUUUUUAUCGUGCUUAGGCAAGUGUGAAGUCCAAUCAGGAGCGACACUGCGAUGCUGGAAGGAUAGUAUCUACAUUGAGUUUUCUGAGAGGUUUCUAUCGGAUCAGAGAAUAGAAGUCACCGAUGCGAAGCAACUUCAUUUCAGCGGAGUUUCUGAAUGUUUCUCCAACGCAGAAUCAGGAGGGGGAUAUUCAAUGACGUUGUUUCCGCCCUUCAAAAAUUGUGGAACGAAAGUAAAGGUAUCAUCUGACAAAUACGCCUACACAAACGAGGUUGUAUUUGAGACAGAGACUUCUACCACUCGGAUCUUCAAAUUCCAAUGCGAUUACGACAGAAAAUAUAUUGUCAGUUCCGACCUAUCUUUGACACCCGUGCUUGAAACUUUGAAUUUUGUCACGGCAAGAGGUGAAUUUGGCGUGGGGAUGGGAUUAUAUCAGAGAAGCGAUUUCAAUUCAAAAAGCAUGUUCAGUGCAAGACCUACAAUUCUAGUCGGAACUCCAGUCUACGUGUCUGUGGAUGUGACUGAUACAUUUGGAAUGAAAGAGAUUGUAUCGACAAUAGAAACCUGUUAUGCAACAGACGAUAAAAAUCAUGCAAUACAGAAGUUGUAUCACCAUCUAAUCGUAAAUAGGUGUUCGAGUCCAAACGAUGACACUGUACAAAUAAUUUCAAAUGGUAAUAGCAUGAAAGCUCGAUUCCGUUUUGCGAUGUUUCAGUGGAAAAGCAAUGUUGAAUAUUUCUACCUCCACUGUGAAAUUAAAGUUUGCAACCAAACGGAAGAAAGAUGCUCUGGAGUCGGGCCUGUAUGCAACGGAGUUUCGGAUGCAGUAGAUGCCACGUCUAGACGACGACGAGAUCUUGGCACUAAUGAAGAUAAGAUAAGCGGGAAUAAGGGCAUAAUUACAUACGGACCUGUUGCUAUCAAGGACAAGGGUGUUGAAGAAGACUUCGGGACUGGAACUUACGAAAUGGUUUAUGAGGAAAUUGAAAAAGAUCAGAAGUUUCUACAAAUCUACAUCUUCACAUCAAUAGCAGCAGUCAUACUUGUCGUUGUAAUCAUUGUGCUUAUUAUCGUCCUCGUGCGAAAAAGAAGAGCGAUAAACAAGCAAAGGCUUGAAAGUGAAAAUAGAAGCAAUGGCUCAAUUUGAAGAAUAUCGGUUAAUUAUAUGAUUUAUAUGCAUCUAAUAAACAUUUAUGUACUGGAGAA